AUGAAGAUUAAAGAUUUUGAACUAGAAAUUUUGGUGAAUGAUAUACCACUUAAAGAAUAUAAAAUACCCGAUUCGGAUCUUGGACUAAGCGUUAAUAGAGCGCUAAAGUCAUACGCGUUUGAUAAAAUAAAAAGUCAAAACGCUUCGGCUACUUUUGUUGCGGUGCCUGAACCCGGAACCUCUUACAAGAUAAAAUAUUCAUCGGCUUUAGCAACUGAUCAUGAACCAAUCAAGGCAAAAGUUUACAUAGAUGGACAAACUGAUAAAUGCUACACAAACCUUGUUACCUGUUUAUCAUUCUCCAAGGAAGGUUUUUAUAAUCAAGAUUUUACCAAGAAAUACAAAUUAAUAUUUGAUAAAACGGAAUGGACUGAAAUGGACCAAUCAACAGUCAUACCAAAAAAGGCAAGGUAUGGAGACUUGGGUGUGAUCUCGGUUUAUUUUUAUCAAGCGAGAUUUAAGAAACGAAAAGAGAAUAAGAGAUUGAAGACAUCUAGUUCUGAACGGGAUUUAAAACAAACCAAAGUCACCGAGAAUAAAAGCAAUAUAGAUAUUACAUUAACCACAAAAUUUGAUGAAGGGGAAGCUUUUAAGCAACCUGAACUAAAUGAAAGGACGUUAUCAAAAAUGGAAAAGGAACCAAUUGCGGUACUCCACAUCAAUUAUCGUCCUACCUAUUGGUUCGUUACAAGAGGUAUUUCAAUUCAACAUGACCUUGCGACGGCGAAUAAUUAUAAUACUAUGUCCACAACUACGAACGAAGUUGUCAUCAAGCGAGAGCCUGAGGACGUUCAGAUUAAAGUCGAGGAAAAUAUUGUAGAUGUUCCAAUCAAAGUUGAGAACAUCAUGGACGUUCAAAUAAAAGUCGAGGAGGAGGUUCCAAAAAAAGUUGGAAAAACUAAUAAACGUAAAUAUAAAGUAGUAAAAGGGUAG